GAAGGAACAAAAAGAAUUGAUGUCUGGCCAUUUGGGUUCUAGCAUAAUGUACUAAAGAAACAGAAAAAAUCUCUAGACCUUCCCAAAACCAAAUGAAACUGUCUGAAAUUUAUACCUGAGCUGACCUUUAUGUGGUCUAUCUUAUUCCAGGUCUCAAAGUUAUUUUAAAUGCUGGAUUAUCUCACAUUGUAUGAGGCAUUGCCUUAAAUCAUUUUCUUGAUUUAUCUUCUGAGAUGGUCAAGUACCCCUAUUCCUUACUGUAUGAACACACUUUGGCUGAUGGAUUUAGCUGUUAGAUCUGAUUGCAUCACUUGCACAUUCAAGUUCCUAAGAAAUAUUGGACAAAGACUGCAGGAUCAAGAACCAGCUGUAAAUUGUGAUGUUACAGAUAGGAGGAAUUGAGGAGAACGACUAGGGUUGUUGGACCAUCUCUUAGCCAUCUUGAUUUCUUUUUCUAGUCACCAGAAUAAUUGAAAUUUUCUAAUUAUCCUGAUACAAUUAAUGUAUGGAUUCACAGAUAGAAAAUAAGAUUUUUCUCAUAUCAUGCUUAAAUGUUAAAUCAUGUUUACUUCUAGGCAUGCGCAUACAAGACCUGCCUGCUUAUAGGGUCAUCUUCUUUCCCUAAGAUCAUUUAUUUUUCAUUGGCCAUUUAUUUGGGAUAUUUCGGAUAGGAGCAUCUUCUCUAGUAGACUACUAGACUCAACUUAUAGCUGCAUCUCCUGAGACAACUUUUGAGGCAGUCCAAAGUUGAUGGGAAAUAUCGCAUACUCCACACUUCCAUAUGUUUCCCUGAUAAGUAUUAAUGGGGACAAAAUGCGUAAGUGAUAAAAUUAGAGAAGGAAAAGUUGAGUUGCCUGUUCCACCUGGUUUUGUGUCCCUUACAUCGUUCACCUUAAAGAGGGUAGAAGAUAGUGAAGUCACAAUGAGUUGCUUGGCCUCUUCCGUUGUGUCUGACCCACAGCUGGCACGGAUGGACACCAAAGGUGACAUUACUGAUGACUUGAAGAUCACGAGGACCCUUAGGCAUCGGCCAUGGAUAAACUACAGUCAAUUUAAUGACAGCUCAGAGGAGGAAUCUGACUUUGAACAGUUUGAUCAGAAUCACCCUCCAAAACCUGUCCUUCCUAAAGGUGUUAUUCGUGGAUGUUUAGAUUGUAGCAACUGCCAAAAGGUUAUAGCAAGAUGGCGUCCUGAAGAUGCAUGCAGACCUGUUCUCGAGGAGGCACCUGUAUUCUACCCAACCGAAGAGGAAUUUAAAGAUACACUAAAGUAUAUUGCAAGUAUACGUUCAACAGCAGAGCCAUAUGGAAUUUGCCGCAUUGUUCCCCCUCCUUCCUGGAGACCUCCUUGCCCCCUGAAGGACAAGAAUAAAUGGGAAGGUUCUAAAUUUGUUACCCGUAUCCAGAGGGUUGACAAGCUUCAAAAUCGGGCUUCAGUGAAAAAGAUGUCUAGAGUUUCUGGUAAUAUGAAGAGAAAAAGGAGAAAAUGCAUGAAAAUGGGGGUGGGUUUUGGGAUUGUUAAUGGAGAUAGCACUAGUCCUGAAAAAGCCAGUUGCUAUGAGGCUGAGCGAUUUGGUUUUGAACCUGGUCCCCAGUUCACUCUUGAAACUUUUCAGAAAUAUGCAAAUGAUUUCAAGGGGCAGUAUUUUUGGAAGCAUGACAUAAAUACAAAUUCAGGGGACAAUCAGCACAUGCUUCACAAGCAGAAGGAACCAUCUGUUGAAGAUAUUGAGGGUGAAUAUUGGCGGCUGGUUGAGAAGCCAACUGAAGAGAUUGAGGUUGUAUACGGGGCUGAUUUGGAAACUGGACUAUUUGGCAGUGGGUUCCCAAAGGUGUCCCUUGAUUGUGAGGACCAAUAUUCAAGAUCAGGCUGGAACUUGAACAAUUUCCCUAGGCUUCCGGGGUCUGUUCUCUCUUUUGAAAGCAGUGAUAUUUCGGGUGUUCUAGUUCCAUGGUUGUACAUAGGGAUGUGCUUUUCAUCAUUUUGUUGGCAUGUUGAGGACCACCACUUGUACUCACUAAAUUACAUGCAUUGGGGUGAUCCAAAAAUGUGGUAUGGUGUGCCAGGAAGAGAUGCUCUCAAAUUGGAGGCAGCCAUGAAGAAGCAUUUGCCUGACUUGUUCAAAGAGCAGCCUGACUUGCUCCAUAAGCUGGUCACACAACUGUCACCUUCCAUAUUAAAGUCUGAGGGGUUAUCUGUGUAUAGGUGUGUUCAGCAAUGUGGGGAGUUUGUUCUCACCUUCCCUCGAGCGUAUCACUCAGGGUUUAAUUGUGGUUUCAACUGUGCUGAGGCGGUAAAUGUUGCCCCUAUUGACUGGUUGCCUCACGGGCAAGAUGCCGCAGAAUUAUACCGUGAGCAGGGGCGAAAGACAUCUAUUUCCCAUGAUAAGCUGUUGCUCGGGGCAGCCAAUGAAGCAGUUAGAGCUCAAUGGGAACUUUCAUUAUUGAGGAUGAACACAUUGGAUAACUUGAGAUGGAAAGAUGUCUGUGGAAAAGAUGGGAUUUUAGCAAAGGUGCUGAAGACACGUGUUGAGAUGGAACACACAAGGAGGGAAUAUCUUUGCACAUCUUCACAAUCAAGGAAGAUGGAUGUCAGCUUUGAUGCCACAAGUGAGAGGGAAUGCAUCAUAUGUCUUUAUGAUCUUCACCUGUCUGCAGCAGGUUGUCAUUGUUCCCCUGACAGAUAUGCAUGCUUGAGUCAUGCAAAGCAGCUUUGCUCUUGUGCUUGGAGUGACAAAUUUUUCCUAUUCCGUUAUGAAAUUAGUGAAUUAAAUGUUCUAGUUGAAGCUUUGGAAGGGAAAUUUAGUGCGAUUCAUAGAUGGGCAAAACAAUAUCUUGGACUGGCUUUAAGUUCCUUUGUCCCCAAAGAUAAAUCGCAGGUGCCAGGGCUUAUCCAUAAAUUAUCCCAUUCUUCAGAAGAAAUGAGACAAGGAGAGCACAGAUUGCAAGAUGCAGUAGAUUUUGUCAACAUUGGUUUGAGUUCUACUUCUAGAUCAUAUCCAGAUAGUAAGGCACCUGCACCCCAAGUGAUACCCAUAAAAGAACCUAAAGAACAAAGCGCAGCUAUUGCAGUGAGUAAACCUGCUAACCUCACUAAUGCCUGUACACUACAGAAAGAGGAAUCUGAAGCUCAGUUGGCUUCUGAGAAUGUGUACUCAACUGCACCUGGUCAGGAACAAGCAACAGUAGAUCGAAGCUUUUGUUUGAUGGAAGCAGGAGGCCUGGUUUCAGGUUCUAAUUUAGACACCCCUCUUUGUCAGCUCUCUCAAGAAGACACAUCAUAUGGUGAGUUACUAGAUGGUACUUCUGGUGAAUGUGACACUCCAGCACACUCUACCUUAGUUCCCCUGGGUAAUCCCUUGACCAACUUGGCUACAGUGGCCCGUAAAGUGAAAGACGUGAUUAUUCUUAGUGAUGAUGAAGCUGAAGAGCCACAUAGGUCAUUCUCAAGUAAAGCCGUUGGCGUAAAGGACCUGGAAGUUUCUUUAAGAAUUACUAAUUGUAUUGAUAAGGUGAGUCCAUGUAUUUACAAGAGAGAUCAAGUGCUGGAUACACCUGAGACCACUGUGUCAGUGAUGAGUAAAGGGGAUAUAAACUUGUUAGCUGAUGUGGGGAAGGAUGAUCAAAUCUCUGGCCCAGCGACAUUCAACACUGCAGAUCUUGGAAAAAGCAAAACAUGCCAAGAGUACAACUUUAGGAUAUUGAAUGAUACACUGCAGGGAACCCUACCGCUGAACAUUAAUUUCAAUAAAAGUGGUUCUGCCAUUGCAGCUUCUGGGAAAAACAUCCAGGAUUUUGUCUUUCCCUGGGAUACUGGAAACUUCAAAGUGGCAAAAGCUGGGAUCUCUCUUCAACAAUCACAGCCAUACACUGAUGGAAAAUCAAACAAAGAUAGCGAUGAAAAGGUGGGAUUGCAUGUCAAUCCAAUGUUAAUGGAUAGGUCAUGGCCUGUGAUUACAUCAUCUUCUGUACCAAAUAAUCCGGACAGAUAUCUUCGUCAUAAAGGUCCUCGCAUUGCAAAAGUGGUACGAAGGAUCAACUGCAAUGUUGAAAUUUUGGAAUUUGGGGUUGUGCUUUCUGGAAAGUGGUGGUGCAACAGCAAUGCCAUAUUCCCCAAAGGAUUCAAGAGCCGGGUUAUGUACAUUAGUGUUUUAGAUCCAACAAAAAUGUGUUUCUAUAUAUCAGAAAUCCUUGAUGCAGGACUCCUCAGGCCUCUUUUUAUGGUCACUGUGGAGCAGUGCCCAAGUGAGGUAUUCAUACAUCUUUCAGCUGCCAAAUGCUGGGAAUUGGUGAGGGAGAAAGUGAAUCAAGAGAUAAGGAAACAGCAUAACCUGGGACGAAUGGCCCUCCCCCCUCUACAACCGCCUGGAAGUCUUGAUGGCCUGGAAAUGUAUGGGUUUUUGUCUCCGGCGAUCAUUCAGGGUAUAGAGGCCAUGGACCGGAACCGGGUCUGCAUCGAGUACUGGAAAUUCAGGUCCCAGACCCCAAAUUCAGUUGGCUGUCAACCUGGAAAUAUUGUUGCAGAUCCCAACCUGAAGACCAAGGAGGACCCCACCAGUCAAGAGGCUAUCAAUAAAAUUGAGAAUCAACCUUCAACCGUUGGGAAUGAUACAGUACUCAGGGGCCUGUUUAUGAAGGCAAACCCAGAGGAACUACAUUCACUGUACAAUAUACUAAGCAACAAACAACCAAAUGCUGAUAGAGAACUCCUAACUCGGCUUCUUGAUGAAGAGAUUCAGAAGCGGCGAAGAUAAUUCUUUUUUUUCCUCAAAUUUUGUAAGUCCUUCCCUGUGUUAUGGGUACAUUUUGUAAAUACUGUAUCAUUGUUCAGAUACUUGCAGUUCGACAUAAUUCUCUCCCAUAUAGUCCUGGUACUCAUAUGGACAUUGGACACAUCCCUAUGAAAAAGGGAAAAGGAGAGGAAGUGCUGUGCACACAUAUUUUUUUUAACAAUAUGCAAAAAUAGAUAAUGUAGCAAUCUAAUUCUAAUUCUUUUGCAAUAAAUAUUUGCACUUAGUGCUA